AUGUUUACUAACUUCUGUUUUGACCUUGAAGUUGGAUCCCAGAUGCAGAGCCAGAGGGCAGAAUGGGCUCUGUAUUCCUCUAGGACAGUGGAGGCCUCCCAGCAUCCACAGCUGGUUAGUUCCUCUGAAGAUGACAGACGGAUUUGCACAGAGAAAUCUGUGGUACGCAGCAGGGGAGAUGUGGUCAUUGCUGGAUUUUACCCGCUCUAUUCUUGGGAAUUGUUGGUUCAAAGCUUUAAUGACCCUAUCCUGCAGCAACAGAACAUUCAGAUCAACUUAAAGAAAUACCAAUUGCUUCUCACCCUGCUGCUGGCUGUGGAGGAGAUCAACAAGAAUCCCCAUCUGCUUCCCAACAUGACUCUGGGGUUUGAGAUCUAUAGUGCACAUUAUUCAGGUACUGAUCUGUUAGAGGAUCCUCUCAUCUGGCUGUCUGGGAAAAAUAAAAACAGCCCCAAUUACACCUGCAGAAGAGACAGCAGAGCUUUAGCAGGACUCACAGGAACCUCAAGCACAUCUGUUCCAAUCGGGACACUGCUGGACCUCUACAAACUUCCACAGUUCACUUUUGGAACUUUUGAUCCUCUCCUGAGUGACCAUGGAAAGUUUGGGACUGUUUAUCAGAUGGCAGCCAAAGACUCAUAUCUAGCUCUGGCCAUGGUCUCUUUGGUGCUUCAUUUCGGCUGGACCUGGGUGGGACUGUUCAUCACUGAAGACAACUAUGGUGUGUGGUUCCUCUCAGAGUUGAGAGAAGAGAUGGGCAAGAGUAGAGUCUGUUUUGCCUUUGAGAACAUGAUCACUUACAAUGCCUUUAUAGAUUACUCAGAUGAUCUAUCCAAGUAUCGCCAGCUAAUGGACUCAUCAACCAAUGUGAUUAUCAUUUAUGGGGACAGUAAAUUUCUACUAAGCUUUAUUUUUAAAUUUGGGCACAUUUUAAUUACAAGGAAAGUCUGGGUCAUGAACUCACCCUAUGACGAUGCCACCAUUGGUAAAAGAUAUUUUCUGGUCCACUCCUUUCAUGCAUCUCUCACCUUCUCUCAUCAUCAUAGAAACACUUCUCUGUUCACCAAUUUCAUUCUGACAGAUACCUUGUCAAAUAACUUAGGAAAUAAUUCCCUUCCUAGGUCAUGGAUUCAGUCUGUUUAUAACCUACUGAUUAAGUCUGACUGCAGAGACUUGGGGCACUGUUCAUACAAUGCCACACUCCAUUGGUUGCUGAGGCACAUUUUUGAUAUGACCAUGUCAGAAGAGAGUUACAACAUCUUUAAUGCUGUGUAUGCCUUGGCCCAUGCCCUCCAUCAGAUGUUUCUUCAUCACAUGGAAGAGCCAUCCGUGCACAAUGCUCAACCAAGGGCAUUUCUUUCUUCACAGCUGCAUCCCUUUUUGAAGAAGAUCCAAUUUACCAAUCCUGUUGGAGACCAAGUGGUUUUGAAUGAGGAAAGGAAAUUGGAGGCAGAGUAUGACAUUAAGAGCUUUUGGAAUUUUCCAGAAGGUCUGGGACAAAGGGUGAAAGUUGGCGAGUUUUCUCCAUCUAGGCCAUAUGGUCAACAACUGAUUUUGUUUGAAAAUCUGAUAGAGUGGCCCAUAGGAAUUACCAAGACUCCUCAGUCUGUCUGCACUGAGAACUGUGGUCCUCGAUUCAGGAAGGCCUCUCUGGAGGGAAAUGCUACCUGUUGUUUUGCCUGCAUUCUUUGCCCAGAGAAUGAGAUUUCUAAUGCGACAGACAUGGAGCAGUGUGUCAGGUGUGCAGAUCAUCAAUUUGCCAACACCCAGGGAAACCACUGCCUCAGGAAAACUGAGAGCUUUCUGGCUUAUGAAGACCCCUUGGGCCUGGCUCUGGUCUGCAUGGCUCUCUGCUGCUCUGCACUAACAGCCGCUGUCCUUGGGGUUUUUAUCAAGCACCAAGACACCCCUAUUGUCAAGGCCAAUAACCGGGCCCUCAGCUACAUCCUGCUCAUCUCCCUCACCUGCUGCUUCCUCUGCUCCUUGCUCUUCCUUGGCCGUCCCAACACAUCCACCUGCAUCCUGCAGCACACCACAUUUGCAGUGGUCUUCACCGUGGCUGUCUCCACGGUCCUGGCCAAGACCAUCACUGUGGUUCUGGCCUUCACACUCACUGAUCCAGGGAGAAGCGUGAGAUCAUGGCUGUUGUUCGGGGCUCCUAACCUCAUCAUCCCCAUCUGCACCCUCAUCCAAUUGGGGAAAUCAACACAAUCCCCAUCUGCUACCCAACAUGACCCUAGGUUUCAGAUCUAUAUUUCACAUUAUGUAGAAACUGAUGUGUUAGAGAAUCCACUGACCUUGCUGUCUGGGAAAAAUAAGAACACCCCUAAUUGCACCUGCAGGAGAGACAGCAAAGUUUUAGCAGUACUCACAGGAACUUCAAGCACAUCUGUCCCAAUCUUGACACUUCUGGACCUCUACAAACUUCCACAGUUAACCUAUUGGUCUUUUGAUCCUCUCCUGAGUGACCAUGGACAGUUCAGUGCUGUCAAUCAGAUAGCUGCCAAGGACUCAGCUCUAGCCCUGGCCAUGAUCUCCUUGAUGCUUCCAUUUGGCUGGACCUGGAAAAUUGGGGUAGUCUUCAUCCAAUGCCACUGUGGCUUGGUGCAGGGACACACUUUUGAUAUGGCCGUGUCACAAGAAAGUUACAAUAUCUACACCACCAUGUAUGCCGUGGCCCAAGCCCUCCACGAGGUGCUUCUUCAUCACAUGGAAGAGCCACCAGCACACCAUGAGCAACCAAGGGCAUUUCUGUCCUCACAACUGCAUCCCUUUUUGAAGAAGAUCCAAUUUAUCAAUCCUGUUGAAGACCAAGUGAUUUUGAAUGAAGGAAGGAAAUUGGAGGCAGAAUAUGACAUUAUGAGCUUUUGGGAUUUUCCAGAAGACAAGUUUGUGAACAACUCAACAAGAGAGGAAUUCAUCCCUGGAGUUUCAUUAUCUACAAUCUUGGAUGAAAUCAUGGUCCUGACGCAUCCACACCUGGUCAGUUCCUCUGAAGACGGCAGAGGGAUUUGCACAGGGAAAUCUGUGGUACGCAGCAGGGGAGAUGUGGUCAUUGCUGGAUUUUACCCCCUCUAUUCUUGGGAAUUCUUUGUUCAAAGCUUGAAUGACCCUACCCUGCAGCAACAGAACAUUCAGAUCAUUUUAAAGAAAUACCAAUUGCUUCUCACCCUGCUGCUGGCUGUGGAGGAGAUCAACAAGAAUCCCCAUCUGCUACCCAACAUGACUCUGGGAUUUGAGAUCUAUAGUGCACACUACUCAGGUACUGAUCUGUUAGAGGAUCCACUCACCUGGCUAUCUGGGAAGAAUAAAAACACCCCUAAUUACACCUGCAGAAGAGACAGCAAGGCUAUAGCGGCACUCACAGGAACCUCAAGCACAUCUGUCCCAAUCGGGACUCUGCUGGAUGUCUACAAACUUCCACAGUUCAUCUUUGGGACUUUUGAUCCUCUCCUGAGUGACCAUGGAAAGUUUGGUACUGCCUAUCAGAUGGCUGCCAAGGACACGGGUCUAGCCCUGGCCAUGGUCUCCUUGAUGCUUCAUUUUAGCUGGACCUGGGUGGGCCUGUUCAUCACCGAAGACAACUAUGGUGUGUGGUUCCUCUCAGAUUUGAGAAAAGAGAUGGGCAAGAUAGGAGUCUGUUUUGCCUUUGAGAACAUGAUCACUUACAAUGCCUUGGCAGAUUACUCAGAUGAUCUUUCCAUGUAUCGCCAGCUAAUGGACUCAUCAACCAAUGUGAUUAUCAUUUAUGGGGACAGUAAAUUUCUUCUAAGCUUUAUUGUUAAAUUUGGGCAUAUUUUAAUUAUAGGGAAAGUCUGGGUCAUGAACUCACCCUAUGAUGAUGUCACCAUUGGUAAAAGGUAUUUUCUGAUUCACUCCUUCCAUGCAUCACUCACCUUCUCUCAUCAUCACAGAAACACUGCUGGGUUCACCAAUUUUAUUCUGACAGAGACCUUCUCCAAGAACUCAGGAGAUAAUUCCCUUCCCAGGUCAUGGAUUCAAUCUGUUUACUGCAUCCUGAUUAAGUCUGACUGCAGAGACUUGGGGCACUGUUCAUAUAAUGCCACACUGCAUUGGUUACUGAGGUAUAUUUUUGACAUGACCAUGUCAGACGAGAGUUACAACAUCUAUAACGCUGUGUAUGCCAUGGCCUAUGCCCUCCACCAGAUGCUCCUUUAUCACAUGGAAGAGCCACGAGUACACAGUGGGCAACCAAGAGCAUUGCUCUCUUUACAGCUGCAUCCCUUUUUGAAGAAGAUCCAGUUUACCAAUCCUGUUGGAGAUCAAGUGGUUUUGAAUGAGGAAAGGAAAUUAGAAGCAGAGUAUGACAUUAAGAGCUUUUGGAAUUUUCCAGAAGGUCUGGGACAAAGGGUGAAAGUUGGCGAGUUUUCUCCAUUUAGGCCACAUGGUCAACAACUGAUUUUGUUUGAAUAUCUGAUAGAGUGGCCCAUAGGAAUUACCAAGACUCCUCAGUCUGUCUGCACUGAGAGCUGUGGUCCUGGAUUCAGGAAGGCCUCUCUGGAAGGAAAUGCUACCUGUUGCUUUGACUGCAUUCUUUGCCCAGAGAAUGAAAUUUCUAAUGCGACAGACAUGGAGCAGUGUGUCAGGUGUGCAGAUCAUCAGUUUGCCAACACCCAGAAAAACCACUGCCUGCUGAAAACUGAGAGCUUCCUGGCUUAUGAAGACCCCUUGGGCCUGGUUCUGGUCUGCACAGCUAUCUGCUGCUCUGUACUAACAGCUGCUGUCCUUGGGGUGUUUAUCAAGCACCAAGACACCCCCAUUGUCAAGGCCAGUAACCGGGCCCUAAGCUACAUCUUGCUCAUUUCCCUCACCUGCUGCUUCCUCUGCUCCUUGCUCUUCCUUGGCCGUCCCCACGCAGCCUCGUGCAUCCUCCAGCACACCACAUUUGCAGUGGUCUUCACCGUGGCCGUCUCCACAGUCCUGGCCAAGACCAUCACUGUGGUUCUGGCCUUCACACUCACUGCUCCAGGGAGAAGCAUGAGGCAGUGGCUGGUGUCCCGGGCUCCUAACCUCAUCAUCCCCAUCUGCACUCUCAUCCAGGUGACUCUCUGUAGCCUCUGGCUGGGAAUCUCUCCUCCCUUCAUUGACACAGAUGCACACUCUGAAUAUGGCCACGUCAUCAUCCUGUGCAACAAGGGUUCCCUUACUGCCUUCUACUGUGUCCUGGGAUACCUGAGUGCCCUGGCCAUGGCCAGCUUCACGGUGGCUUUUCUGGUUAGAAACCUGCCUGACACCUUCAAUGAGGCCAAGUUCCUGACCUUCAGCAUGCUGGUGUUCUGCAGUGUGUGGCUCACCUUCCUGCCUGUCUACCACAGUGCUAAGGGGAAGGUCAUGGUGGCCGUGGAGGUCUUCACCAUCUUGGCCUCCAGUGGAGGUCUCCUGGGCUGCAUCUUUGCUCCCAAGUGCUACAUCAUCUUGAUAAGACCUGAGAGAAAUUCCCUGCACAGGUUUAGGGAGCAACCACCUGGAGGAAAUAAAUCUUAA